GUUCGUGUUCAUUUCCGGAUUCUAAAUCAUGUGUUUGCGCCAGAUAAUUUGUUGACAGUCUCACAAAUAUCCGAGUCUCCAUGAGUAUACGAGCAAUAUGGGUAGUUAAACUACCCUCCACCAAUAAUAAAUCUCCAAAGAAUAUAUUUUUCAGAAAAUUUCCAACAGUUGAGAAAAAGACGAAACAAGUGGAAGGUUCAAACUAUAUUGCCAUUCCCAACUCGCCCCAGUUCCUGCAGCAGCUGCUUGUUGAGACAGGACUGUCACAGGCGUCAGGCGAGUUUGUUGGCAGCAGAGACCAAUGCUCAAAGCAGGAUGAAAAACCAGUGUUUGAAGUGGACACCAGUAGUGGUAGAAUCUGGCCCUUUAUUGUCAUUGAACAGCAAGGUGUGCUGUACUGCUGCCUGGUGCAUGUGCCCCAAGGAGCCCAUCUCAGACCAAACAUCAUAGAAAUUCCAUCGGUGUCGCUCGGCUUCUCCCUGUUGUGUGGUGUAGCAGAGUACAUCCGGGCAGCCACCAGUCAGGAGCUACCUGCCCGGCUGACAGAACUCCACAACUUCUUGAAUGAAGCAGCGCCGUUCGGAGCUCCAAGAGACACAUGCUGUGAAUCCAUAGUGGCCAAGUUAGCAGGGAGACCCAUCACACUUCCCAAGUCACAGAAGCAACCAGCUUGGAAACCUCUGCUCCACAAGGGAAAAGGAGUUAUCUACCUUUCUGUGUCAGAAUACAUAAAGGCAGCCCAGUGUGAGCAAGGAGAAACACACGACUCAUGGGAUGUGUACGGCUCCGUAUCAUGUCGCGCUGACCUAGAGGGCGCUCUGUCAGACAUCACACUGAAUGUGUCACACCAGAGUGACGGGGACUGUGUUGCCCUCGAUCACUUGCUUAUACAUCCCUGUGUCCAAAGUGCAGACUCAGGAAUUGUUGAUGCAGCGAGCAUGACCCAGUCCCACCCUCCCCCUCGCCGCCUCCGCUUCAUCCCCCCCACGGAGAUGUUCAUCCUGUGUCAGUACUCUGUGACCGGACUACAGGAGCUGCCCAUAUUUGGAGUCUACCAGAUGAAAUGUGAUGCUAAGAUUGCCAAUCUGACUGUCAAGUUAAAACUCAACAACCAAGUGAAGAACAUGUUUGAGUACUGUGAGGUGCAGAUACCUUUCUUCAACAGAGGGAGCAUAUCGAUGCAUGAUUCCUCCCCUUCUCAGGGAAGUGUGACACUGGCACCUGAUAAAACUAUCCUGGUGUGGAAUGUUGGUCAGAAGUUCCCCAGCAAGACCCUGGAGGUGACAAUGUCCGCCAACAUUCAGUUCUCUGGACCAGCCCUCUCUCCAUCGUCACCGGAGGACAGGUUCUGUUCAGGACAAAGCUCCUAUGCACAGCUUUACUUCAAGAUCCCUGAGUUCACUCAGUCCGGGUGCUGCAUUGACCCCCGAUCCAUACAGGUGUCACCCAGUGCCAAGUUCAAACUGACCACAGUGAGAGAAUAUUUGUCUACGGAUUACAAGAUAUGGAACUCUUACGGUGAUGUCCUCUCCACAUCCGAGUAGAGAUGGACCAGGAAACCCAAACCUCGACUGUGAUAUCCAUGUGUGGGGCCAAGUAACAGAGUGAUGGUGACACUGCAACUGUAUUGUUAUAUCACCAGCAUACUACUGUAGACCAUUAAUGAAUAUCAGUUACAUUUAUUGAAUCUAACUGAACUAACAAGGACAUUGUGGUAAGAUCCAUGAAACUCAACGACCACAUUUGGAAGAAGUAAACCUCUUUGUUUAUUGUUGUUUCGGUGUCUAUGACAGACAAACUAAUUUGAUAAUUUGACUACCCAAUCUCAGUCAAAUUAAAUCUUUUACUUCGAUACAAUACUUCUCUGCAUGAAGACCUGAGGACACCUCGAUAGAAGUUCACUUUGACCUCCUUCCAAUGAAGAAUGCUGGGUCCCUUUAGCCAAUUUGUUGUCAGCUUUCUAAAACCAUUUGGCUUAAUUUCUUUUCCAUGUUUACCACCUCAAUCACUGGAUUGAUUAUUUACAGACCACCGUCAUAUAGCAGGAAUAUUGCUGAGUGGGGCGUUAAACAACAAACAAACCUCAGUUCAGAAAAUAUGAUUUGUACAAAUGAAAACCCACACCACAAGUAUUCCUUUGAUGGUACUCCCUUUCUGUGAAUUGCCAUGGUGCUCAGAAACGACAAGGUGCAUAAAUAUCUGCAACAACGUAGUGACCUUAUUCAUCUACAUCUGGAACUUGACGUUUUAGUUGGUUUUCAAGAUACAGAAAUCAGAUAUCACUCACUCAUACCAAAAAUGUAGAAUGAUUUGACCUCAAAGAUGAUUAGUUGAUUAAAAUGCUCACCUGAUACAACAACCCCCUAUGAAGGUGUCCUCUGAUCUUGAAGCAGGGAGGUAUUCUAUGGGUGUGAUAGAUCUGAUGGUAAGGAGAUAGAGAACAACCUUGUGUUAAAGUACUGUUGCCCAUCACUUGUGAUUAAAAGAAACACAAUGAUACAUAUUACAUAUCAAAAUGACAACUUCCUUACUUAUUUAUUAAACAUAUUUUCAUUGCAAAAUCAAAUGGAUUAGGCACAAGUGACACAUUAGGAGCCUUCUAUAUACUGUUCAUUACAUUAUGAUGUAAAUAAUUAAUUAUGUAUGAAUGAAUGGAUGGAUCUAUGUAUCUAUAUGUGUAUGUGUAAUAAAUAGUAUUGAUUUGUGAAUAUUGAUUGUGCAGAAUAUAUGUACAGUGAUUUCUUACUAAUUUGGCCAGUGACCUUAGCCAUCCAAGCACCUAUGAAUCUAAUCUACAUAUAGUUAUAUCUUGUUUCACUAUCAUUCCUUUUCGUUAAUAUUUUACACUCUAUGUUUGGCCUUCUGUCCUCUCUUGUAUUUUUUUUUCUCCUCAUUGCUCUCUAUCUUUUAUAACCAUGUGUAGUAAUAUUUUGUUAACUAGUUAUUUCUAUGAUUUCUAUACAACCUUUCAAUGCUCAGAAUUAAAGGCCAAAAAAGAAUUGAUUACUAUUUCAAACAGUACAUUUGUACAGAACUGCAGUGUCAGCAUUAUUUCAUGAAUUAUAACAGAGACUAUAUACAUGUAAUAUGGUCUAUAAGUGUAAACAUUGUGUGUAGUUAGGAUCAUCAAGUCUUUGAUAUUUGAUUUGUAUAAGAGAAUGUGCAAUAUUGUAUUCAAAGGAAUAAAUGAAUGAAGAAUUGUUAA